AGCGCUCAACUCAGCAGAACAUUUACCUCCGCAUGCCUGCGUCUGGCAAGAAGAUAUCGUGAAGAUAUGCCUCACGCUCAGACAGUGAAAGAGAAAUGAUGCCCGUCUGGAAUGAAAGCGAAAAGGUCCGCAAUAGUUUAAGAGAACAAGGACAGCAAAACCUGAUUAACAGUGAGCGCAGGAGGAUCGAACUGCAGAGUGACCUACUGACCUUUCAGAGAGACCAACGUCUUAGCAGGGCAGUGCGGCUGCAGUGGCGAUGGCAGGAACUGAGUGAGCGAGAACGACGAGCUCAGCAGCAGAAUAAACAGCUGCUGCAGGAGUUUGAGAGAGCCCAGGACACACUGAGAGACAUGGUCGCCCGCACAGCAGCCAUGAACACUAUACGAGUAGAGUAUGAGAAGUAUCUGGAUGAUAAUUACCCCAGAUGGCAGCAGGAGCUCAAAGAGAAAACCUUGUCUGCCCAGAGAAAGCAACACUUGAAGGAGAGCAUAAGGAGGAUGGAGGAGAAGACAGGGACAGGGUCCCCUAUCAGUGCUAAAGCUCCGCUUUCCCAAGCUCAAGUUCCUCAGACUCAGAAUGGCCAACUGGACUGCAGCUCCCACUCAUUUCAGUCUUCCUGGUUGACACAUGCUCGCUACCAAUUGGCCAGUCCACAUACCAUGCUGUCCUUUAACCCCAAGAGUACCCAAUUCUCCCAUCACACCCUUGAAUCCCUCCCCCCUCCUCCCCAUUUCCACCCCUUCCACCCACCUCAGCCUCAGCCAUUCCAAUACCCUCACCCUUCCUCCAUUCCAAUUCAGCCCCAAACUGUAACCCAGCAGAGCUCUACAAUGUGGGCUCCCCAGGGAGAGUACCCCCUGGACUGGGCUGGCAGGGUGGCUGUUUUCCCUUCCAGGACUCAAUUUGGCUACCAGAGCUCCAUGGCUGGUCCAUCAAUAUCAGACCCCCAGGGGUGGGCAGUGGUUGAAGGUGUUGGAUUGGAGGUCAAGGAGGGUAGCCCAGUGGCCAGAAUUGAGGGAGAGAGCAGUGAUGGUCACAGACCGAGAGGCAAUGACCAGUCCCAUGAACUGGACAUCAAACCAGUGCGUCUGUCAAGUGGCCACGGAGAAAGCAGUGAGUGUAGCAGGGCCUCCGGUCGGGCCAGUGGGGAAAGCGAUAGUAGGACGAGACGGACGAAGAAGGAGCAGAAGGAAGGAAGAGUGAAACAGAGCUCUGUAGACAGUGAGGAGACCGGUCUGUCCUCAGGAAGGUCUGUGGUGGGCCCAGAUGUGGAGGCCUCAGCAUCUGGGGCGCACAGCUCCCAAGGUGACGAUGCAACACCAGGGGGAGGAAGCACGAGGAGCAGGCGGAGUGCAGGGCUGUCUGUAAAACAGCCAAAGAAGAGAAGAGAGAAGGCCAAAAGCAAGGGAGAAGACACAGGGAGUCCUGUGGAGGACCCAGGGAGUCAGUUAAAGGAGAGUCCGAGUCCUGUGCAGGAAUCAGAGAGGCCUAGGGAGGAGUCAGAAAGCUUGGGGGGGGAGUCAGGAAGUGUCAGUGUGAAGUUAAAAGGAUGUGAAGAAGAGUAUGAGGAAACAGAAGGAGAACAGGAGAGUUUGGGUGUAGAAGGGGGGACAACGGAAGAAAAGGAGGUAAUGGAAGAACAGAAUGGCGAUGACGAGGAGAAUAGCGAGAGAGUCAAAGAAGAGGGCGAGGAAGGAGAGAUGGAUGAGGAAUCCCCUCGGGAUGAAGAAGAAGAAGAAGGAAGGGCAGAGGAAGAAGGGAGAGAGGAACUUGAUGAAGAGGGACAGGAAGGGGAGGAGGAAGUAGAAGAGAUGCACGGGGAGACGACUGAUGAGAGGGAAGAUUUGUCUGAUGGAGAGAAGGAAGAGGAGGCAGGUGAGGGAGCUGAGGAUGAAAAGGAAGAGGAGGCAGGUGAGGGAGCUGAGGAUGAAAAGGAAGAGGAUGAGGAGGCAUCAGCAAGGGAGGAACCUGUAAAGGAAGAGGAGUCUGUAGAGAAAGAGGAGCAAUCUUGUCAGGAAGCAGAGGAACUGUCAAAAGAAGUAGAUCAUGAAGAGGAGAGAGAGUCAGAUGACAGUAUCAUCUUACCUAAAGAGAAUAGCAGGCCUGCAGAAAACAGGCCCAUCUUGGCAGAGGAGGAGGAAGCAAUGAUUGGUGAUGAUCAUCAGGGUGAUGAUGAUCAUGGUGAAGAUGCCAGACUUGAGAAGGGUUAUUCCUGGUCUAGAGAUCCUACCCAUGCAUUUCAAGAUGAACACGAUGAUAUUGAAAGUCUUCUCGCCCCACAAGUGGAGACACAGAAGAAACGGGAGACUGAGAAGAUAGCACCUAACAGUAAAUCCAAAGCCAUAGCUGGAGACCUGAAUAGUUCCUCUGAGGAGGAGGACCUGAAGAAAAAGACAGCGCCCAGUCCAGUCGCCCGGAACACUGAGUCCGAUGAUGAGUUUGAUGACUUCUAUGAUUGAAUGGAACAUACUGCACACUAUGCACACUGUCGCUUAAACCCAUUGCAGUUUAUUAUAAACAUAUCGCUUCAUCCCUCUCUUUAUCAUACAGAAUACAAAACGUUGCCGUCUAAGAGCAUUGUCCAAAGUAAGAACAUUACUUUGGCUCAUUCUUAAGGAAUAAAUAUUUAAAUAAUAUUCAGGAAUCUUUGCCUGUUU